AUGGCCAGUCACGCAGUUACAUUCACUUCAGUGCCAGCAAAGCUGGUAGAACUGCUGACUCCCGAUCUGCCCUAUUCUCUGCCUUUGCUGAGGCGGUUACAGUCUACAAGGUUCAACCAUGGAACCUCUCCUCAUGCGCGCAUUGUCUUUGUCUCCGAUACCGAAUUGUCUUCAGAAGAACAAUUUGAUCAAUAUCAGUCCAAGGCAUACACCGCGGCCUAUUUAGACUUUUCUAAGCCGGAAACUCAAAUGUACAUCUACUCAACCCUAGAACACCCGCGCAACAGAGACGACGCCAGUAACAGACACUUAUAUGAGCCGCAAUUGGUGGAAUUGGUGAAAGAAGUCAUCCGGUUGCGCAACGAAUACAAGCAAGAAUUGCUCUUCACAAACCCGGAUCGCAUCCUGAUAGGGUCCCUGCACUCGGACAUUCGUUCCAUCCUGGAGAAAUUCGAAGGCCGUGUCGAGCCUCGGCCAUCAGGCAUGUAUGAUAAGUGGCUCAUGAGGAGAGAAGAGCUGCCUCUCCUGGACGAAAAUCUCCCUCCUGGCAUGUAUUGGGAUAGCGCCAAUCUGGAUGAUUGCCAGCUAGUUGUGUCCCGGACUGACAUCCCCCGUACCGCUCAGACGCUUGUUAACCUGCCGAAUCUGAUGAUUAAACGACAAGAUAAGACACCAAUCGCGUGGGCACUGCUGGGAACUGAUGGAUCCCUAAUCAGUGUGCAUGUGGAAGAGCCUUAUAGACGGCAAGGCCUGGCGAAGAAGCUAGCCGUGAAGCUGUUGCGAGAAAAGGCUACACGCUUCGGAGACGAUGGCUGGCUCUGCGCCGAUGUCAGUCCCUCAAACGUGAGCUCCCGAGCCAUGUGCAAGUCUCUCAAUGGCAAGCCCGACUGGGUGACUUCAUGGAUCUGUCUAAUCCUGUCCGAGGCCGGGGAGGCCGCAAAGCCCUAG